AUGCCACCAAAACGAGCAUUCUACAUCGCUCAAGAUACACCCAAUGUCAGCCCAAAGCUAGGUCCCGUCAACUCUCCACCACAAGGCAUGUUCCCCCUCUCGGCCGUCGCAGGCGGCAGCAGCAGCAGCUCGAGGUCGCUCCCUGCGCCCGGCGCAAUGUCCAUGCCUAGACGGAUCAGGCGCCCAAAGAAGAUUCUCUUUGUGCUCGGCAUUCUCGUGCUGCUUUAUUGGUUCGGCAUCAGGCAUGGGUUUGCGGGCGACACGGCGACACCUCCAUCGCCAUUAGGCUUUGUGCCCGGCAGCGGCCACCGCAUCCGGCCUCGCACGAUGCAGUUUUUGAAGAAUGGUCUCGCCGAGAUCUUACCCCUCCGACGAGGAUCACGACCGGAACACCCGUUCUACGAGCUCAUGGAGAAGGGAGAGGAGCAAUGGCGCACCAUCCGCGAGCGACAGUCGCGCUCCCUCGACGACGCCAUCAAGCAGUACAAGUUUCGGUACAACAUCGACCCUCCGGCCGGCUUUGACGCGUGGUUUGCGUGGGCGCGCGAGCGUGGAGUCGAGCUCGUCGACGAGUAUGACCUCAUGAUGCGCGACAUUCUUGCCCACCACGCCCUCGAGCCAGCAGAGUUUGUGAACCGCUCCGCCAGCCUCGAGGGCACCAAGCACUCGUACACGCUCGACAUUACCCGCGAAGGCGUCAAUGUCACUGGCGACCGUGCUACCGCGUCGCGCCCAAAGCACCUCGCCGCGUUCAUCGAAGGUUUCAAGGACACGCUGCCGCAGGGGUUCCAUCUGCGUAUCACCGGAUCCGACCACGACAUGAGUGGCGUUGUUCUUGGCAAGGAUCAGCGUAGGAGAGCGAUGGAGCUUGUGCGCAAGAAGCAACACUUUACACCAGAGGAGCUCGAGACGUUGGAGAGCCCGGGUAGAACACCUGCGUGGGGCUGGUUUUCCUGCCCAUUGGAUUCGCCGGCCAAUGCUAUUCCUAACGCUGAGAACAUUUUGCCAGACGAGAAUGCGCCCAAAUCGUUUGUCUGGGACCACCUCGCUACAAUGGACUUUUGCGAGUUCCCGGAGCUCAAGCGUCUGCACGGUGCCUUUGUGGACCGCAACGACCGAUCGCCCUCGAUUUUGAAGCCAUGGCUCGUGCAUUCCAAGCUUCCUGGCGACGCGUCGCUCCUCAUUCCCCCGAUUGACGGAUACACCAACACGACGCACAAGGACAUUGACAAGCUCGGAACAUGGGAUGACAAGCUCGACCCGCGUGUGCACUGGCGAGGCCAGUCGACUGGAGGUUACGACACACAGAUCGACUGGCGCCAGUCGCACCGCAUGCGCCUGCACUUCAUGUUCAACGGCAAGCAGGGAGGUGACGCCGAGUGGGAGGAGACGACAGCCAACGUGCUCGUGCCCGACGGCUAUGGCGGCUACGAAAAGGUUGCGCGCAAGCUGCCGCAGCUGUCCAAGGCAUACGCCGAUGUCAAGCUCACCGGCAAGCCGAUCCAGUGCCCCAACGACGAGGUGUGCGCAGAGAUUGCCGAGGAGGUCGAGUUUGGCCAGGCGCUGCCCGCCAAGAACUCUUGGAUGUUCCGCUACAUGCUCGACGUUGACGGCAACGGAUGGUCGGAGCGGUUCUUCCGGCUGCUGUCGAGUGCGAGCCCUGUUCUCAAGAUGACCAUCUUUGCAGACUGGGAGAUGGUGAUGCCAUGGUAUCACUACAUUCCCAUUCGUGCCGACUAUUCUGAUGCCUGGGACGUGUUGGCCUUCUUUAUCGGCCCAAUUCGGCCAGACGGCACUGUGGACCACUCGAAAGGGCAUGAUUACCUCGGCAAGAAGAUUGGCCUCGCAGGGCAGGAGUUUGCGCUGAGCCACUGGCGAUGGGUCGACAUGCAGGCAUACAUGUACCGGCUACUGCUCGAGCUGCAUCGCCUUCACUCUCUCGACCGCGCGGCGGCGAGUUAUCAGCGCAAGGUUUAG